UAAAGGGAAGCCCUCGGGAGCAGGAUCCAUCCAUCCACCACCACCACCACCACCACCACCGCCGCCGAGAAUUUCAUUUAAUUAAUUUGAAAGACUCUAUUAAUUAUUAUCGUCAUGUUGUUGGGUUAAAGGGUUCAGUUUAGUGUCGAUUAUGAUGAUGUCGAAAACGGUUAGGGAGCAAAAAACGCGAACCGUGUAUAGUAUCGAUCAAAUCUUGGGAUUCACUACGUCGUCUACGGAAAAUUGUGAUAGUAACCCGGAAGAUGACAAGCACCACAUAAGUUCGAAUAGCAACGAAAAUUCCGACGAAUUAGAAGAAAACAGACCGAGAAAAGUGAGAAGAUCGAGGACGACCUUCACCACAUAUCAGUUGCAUAUUUUAGAGUCUGCUUUUGAGAAAACUCAAUAUCCGGACGUUUUCACCAGAGAAGAGUUGGCAAUGAGGCUCGAUUUAACAGAAGCGAGAGUCCAAGUAUGGUUUCAAAACAGACGAGCGAAAUGGCGCAAACGGGAAAAAUCCCUGGGUCACGAAACCAGCGUACUGAUUCAUCCCGAUCAUCAACUUACGGAGUACCAAGUGCCAUCCAUGAUGCCAUCGAUCAACGAUCCAUUCUGGCCCCGGGUCCAGAUUCCCUCGAGCUACGCGAAUUCUUCCCUGACAUUCCCGUGGGUGCACAACCAAAUGGCCGCCGCGGUCCCGAACAUCCAGGCGUAUCUGAUGACGAGGUUCGCGUUGGCGGAAAGUGCCGCCAAAUUCGGGAUUGCGAGCGAAAAACUGAAGGCGGAACCGGACGCGAGCUCGAGGGAUUGCAGUCCGCCGCCGCCCCCGUAGUUUUAGAGGUUAUUUUGUUGGGAUUGUGUUAAUUAUUAAUAUUUAUAAUAUAGAAAUUAAUUUUUAGUACUUCUAGAUUGUUAGGCAUGUUCACUUUUAGUAUAUAAAUUUUACAUAUUUG